UUUGUAGGAAGGAACUCAUCUUCUCCCUUUCUCUUAUCAAGUCAGCGAAAUUGAGCGCGAUAAGUUGCAGGGUAUUGACACCUUCAAGCCUCUUCAGUCAAAAAAGUCCUCCAUUGGCACAACCAUCCUUGACUGGCUGAGACCAUGAUGGACUUGCAAGAGAAAUAAGAUAUCAGCAUCAGAGGUAAAUAGAUUUCGUUAUGACAACCAGCUGUACAGAAGAUGUCAACGCUGCCUGUGACUGAUAUCCCAGAUGUUGGUCAUGACGAGAGUAAAGUUUUUGACGGAGCUGCGGAACUGCAACUUCAUUGCAUGGUGGAGAGCAAUGGCAGCAUGGCAAUGAAGCACGAAAGCCUGCUCUCUCUUGGUGACCUUUCCCAACCAGAUGACUUCCCUGCCUCAUCUCAUAAUGGCCCAACUCCCACUGGGAUUAGCAGUCCUUUGCCAGUCGAGCUGAGUGACACUAAGCCCGAUGUGGGCGACACAGCCACCAGCACAGAUGGUCAGCCGGUAAAGAGAAAAAAGGGCCCCGCCCCGAAGAUGCUGGGAAAUGAGGUGUGCAGCGUAUGCGGUGACAAGGCCUCCGGAUUCCACUACAAUGUGCUUAGCUGCGAAGGCUGCAAGGGCUUCUUUCGACGUAGUGUCAUUAAAAGUGCCCAGUACUCCUGCAAGAACAACCAACGGUGUGAAAUGGACAUGUACAUGCGGCGCAAGUGCCAGCAGUGCCGCCUGCGCAAGUGUCGCGAGGCAGGCAUGCUAGAGCAGUGUGUGCUUUCUGAGGAGCAAAUCCGUCUGAAGAAGAUGAAAAAGCAGCAGGAUGAAGAGACAGCCCGCUCGUCCGCAGUGGUUACUCCCACUCCUCCGCAGGAAGUAGCUUCACUGGAUCCUCAGCAGCAGGAAAUGAUUGAGAAGCUUGUGGCCAUGCAGAAGCAAUGCAACAAGAGAUCCUUUCUUGAUAGACCAAAAGUGACGCCAUGGCCGCAGAAUCAAGAUCUACAAAAUCGAGAAGUGCGUCAGCAGCGUUUUGCCCACUUCACUGAGCUGGCGAUCAUGUCGGUCCAGGAGAUUGUGGAUUUUGCUAAGCAGCUUCCUGGAUUUUUAGAGCUCACGAGAGAGGACCAGAUUGCUCUAUUGAAGACGUCAACCAUAGAAAUUAUGCUGCUGGAGACAUCUCGUCGAUACAACCCUGCCAUUGACAGCAUUACAUUUCUAAAGGAUUUUAGCUACAAUAAGGAGGAUUUUGCAAAAGCAGGCCUUCAGUUUGAGUUCAUUAAUCCCAUCUUUGAGUUUUCGAAAGGAAUGAAUGACUUGCAGCUGGAUGAAGCUGAGUACGCACUGCUGAUUGCCAUCAACAUAUUUUCUGCAGAUCGGCCAAAUGUGCAAGAUCAUGAUCUUGUGGAAAGGCUACAACAACCUUAUGUUGACGCCCUGCGCUCUUAUAUCACGAUAAAGAGACCAAAUGAUCACUUGAUGUUUCCACGCAUGCUGAUGAAGCUGGUGAGCCUUCGUACACUGAGCAGCGUGCACUCUGAACAGGUUUUUGCCCUUCGUCUCCAGGACAAGAAGCUUCCCCCGCUGCUCUCUGAAAUCUGGGAUGUCACUGAAUGACUGCAGUCCUAAUAUCACACUCCUUGGCAUGUUCAGUCUUGACACGGACGUGGCACCAGUAACAGGCUUGAACCUGUCUCAUCUGGUAAUGGACGACUUGCCGCAUUGAGCUGAUGGGCUUUUUUUGGGGAGCGUCUCAAGGCCUUUUGCUCUCAGAGUCUGAAAUGGUUUGUGUUCAGAAGGAUUUUUUUUUCCUCUUAAGGCCUGUUCUUCCUUUUUGUGGAUGUUGGCAUGGUUUUGCCAACAUGAAAUGCCGGCUAAUGGUUUGAAUUAUUUUUUCCGAUUCAAUAAUGUGUUAAGAGUGCGGUUCGAUUCUUUUACAGUCUGAAUGCUCUUGGCAUAUAACUGCUCUCGCUUCAUGUCAUGAUUCUAGCCAUGCUUUCAAGUUAAUUUAUUCAGUAGGCUUGCCAUUGAUGAAUUGGAAGUUUUGUUAGACGUGACCUUCUGCUGCAGUUUACGUUGAUGGUUUUACAUCCAAGUAUAAAAAAUGUUUGCGUACAUUUCGAGGCUUUUCAUUACAGACAACAAAGUUGGUGUAGUUGCUCAGGUAAACUAAUGUGAAGUAGAGGCUUUUUUUUUUUGGAUCACUCGAGUGCCCAAAGGGAUCCUUUUUAUCAAUACGGAUGCACACAAAUUAUUUAUUUUCAUAAGACGUGUGUGGAGUGCACAAGUAUCCACAAGAUUGUACAAUUAAAUACUAACCCUUAAUAAUAGCAAUCUAUACAUGCUAAGAGGUGUCGUCUAAGGGAACAAAGGUGUGGAAGAAAUCGAUUUCACAUAUGUUGGAUUGGUGGUACUUGUACUACUGCCUAAAAUUCCUUCAUGCUCAGAAAUGUCAAAUGUAGAAUAAAACUAAAUUACCACUUUUGUCAUGAAA